UUUCGCCGUUCCAGAAGAUACUCGCGGCUCGCGUCGAAAUUCUAUUUCUACCCCUCGCCUUCACCUUCGGCCAUCUUCGCCUACUUCACUGUAGAGUGUAGAUUCCUCUCCUGUGAACUCGAAGAGAGGUGACGAACAAUGGGAACCCUAGGCAGAGCAUUUUACUCGGUCGGUUUUUGGAUCCGUGAGACCGGUCAGGCUCUCGAUCGCCUCGGAUGUCGCCUCCAAGGCAAAAACUGCUUCCGAGAACAGCUAUCCAGGCAUCGGACAUUGAUGAACGUAUUUGAUAAGGCUCCGAUUGUGGAUAAGGAAGCUUUUGUGGCACCAAGCGCCUCAGUUAUUGGGGACGUUCAGAUUGGAAGAGGAUCCUCCAUUUGGUAUGGAUGUGUAUUACGAGGGGAUGCGAACACUGUUACUGUUGGAUCAGGAACUAAUAUUCAGGACAACUCACUUGUGCAUGUGGCAAAAUCAAACUUAAGCGGGAAGGUGCUACCAACUAUCAUCGGAGACAAUGUAACCAUUGGUCAUAGUGCUGUUUUACAUGGAUGCAGUGAGGAUACGGCCUUUAUCGGGAUGGGUGCGACACUUCUUGACGGGGUCGUGGUCGAAACGCAUGGCAUGGUUGCUGCUGGUGCGCUUGUGCGACAAAACACUAGAAUUCCUUCUGGAGAGAUAUGGGGUGGAAACCCAGCAAAGUUUCUCAGGAAGCUCACUAAGGAGGAAAUUGAUUUCUUCCCAAAGUCAGCUGAAACCUACUCAGACCUCGCAAAGGUUCACGCUGCAGAGAAUGCAAAGCCACUAAAUGCAAUCGAGUUCGAGAAGGUUCUACGCAAGAAGAAUGCUGGAAAAGACGAGGAGUAUGACUCGAUGCUUGGAAUUGUGAGAGAAGCUCCACCAGAGCUUAAACUCCCUAACAACAUACAGCCUGAUAAAGAAACCAAGCGUCCUUCAAACGUGAACUGAUCUUUAUGCGGUAUGAUUUCUGAUCGAGAGCUUAUAGUAUGAGAUGCUCAAGGGGAUUAUGUUUCCAUCUGUGGUUUGAAUAAUGGCAGGUAGAGUACAUUAGAGUAGACUGAAUUUACGGCUUUUGGUGAAGCUUUUGCUCAACUUUUUCGUUGGUUUCUUAGGGAAUGGUAUUGUCAGGAGGAAAAAUCUUUGGAUGCUAUUACUUUGGUUAUUGGAAAAGAAUCUAUUCUAUGAAACAUGAGUGAAUAAUAAUAAUAGACUGAUGCAUAUGCUAAUUCAUGUGCGCUUAUGUUGCUAAGCAAGCAUGAAGAAUAAAUAUUCAAACCUGAUAUAUAAUUUCUGCAAAUUAUUAGUGGGGUUGAUGGUAUUGGU